AGUCCUUGAAUUGACUAAGAUUUACCACUGGAAGUUUCAUGCCCAAUCUAGCAGGAAUAAACAAUCUAUAUAUAACAAUCUAUUUAUCUCUUUUCUUGUAACUCCUGUAAUGAAUCUUUUAUGAAUGAAUCUAAAAGAGAUUAACAUAUGUUCUGUUGUCUUCCUCUUUUAACAGAACUGGCCCCUGCUUGCCACAGAAAGCUCAAAUCCAAACUGAGGGACAAAUGUCAGAAAAUUCAUGAAGGAAUCUCACAGCAGGGAACCACAGCACUUCUGAAUGAGAUCUACACAGAGCUCUACAUCACAGAGUGUGGGAGUGGAGAGGUCAAUAAUGAACAUGAGGUGAGACAGAUUGAGACAGCAUCCAGGAGACCAGCAUCACAGGGGACACCAAUCAAAUGCAAUGACAUCUUUAGACCCUUACCAGGACAAGACAAAGACAUCAGAACUGUGCUGACUAAAGGAGUGGCUGGAAUUGGUAAAACAGUCUCUGUGCAGAAGUUCAUACUGGACUGGUCUGAAGGAAAUGUAAAUCAGGAUGUUCUCUUCAUAUUUCCACUUCCUUUUAGGGAGCUGAAUUUAAUGAAAGAGAAAAAUCUCAGUCUGAUGGAGCUUCUUCAUCACUUUUUCCCAGAAACAUGUGAAUUAAAACCUAAACAUUAUACAAACUAUAAAGUUCUGUUCAUCUUUGAUGGUCUGGAUGAGCAUCGACUUCCUCUAGAUUUCCAGAAUAAUGAGAAAUUGUGGGAUGUAACAGAGUCCACCUCAGUGGAUGUGCUGCUGACAAACCUCAUCAAGGGGAAUCUGCUUCCCUCUGCUCUCCUCUGGAUAACCUCUCGACCAGCAGCAGCCAAUCAGAUCCCUCCUGAGUGUGUUGACCAGGUAACAGAGGUACGAGGGUUCAGUGAACCACAGAAAGAGGAGUAUUUCAGGAAGAGAAUCAGUGAUCAGGGCCUGGCCAAUAGAAUCAUCACACACAUGAAGUCAUCAAGAAGUCUCUACAUCAUGUGCCACAUUCCAGUCUUCUGUUGGAUUGCAGCCUCUGUUCUAGAGAGAAUGUUGGGUGAAGCAGAAAGUGGAGAGAUCCCCAAGACUCUGACUCAGAUGUUCACACACUUCCUGAUCUUUGACAUUAAUUACAAGAACCAAAAGUAUGAUAAAAAAAGUCCCACUCAUCCAUACCACACAAAAGAACAUGUUCUGGCACUGGGAAAAUUGGCUUUCGAACAGCUGGAAAAAGGAAACCUGAUUUUCUAUGAGGAAGACUUGAGAAACAGUGGCAUUGAUGUCAGAGAAAUGUCAGUGUAUUCAGGAUUGUGCAUGCAGAUCUUCAGCGAGGAGUUUGAGCUACAGCUGGGGAAGGUGUUCAGCUUUGUACAUCUGAGUGUUCAGGAGUUUCUGGCUGCUUUAUAUGUGUUUAUUUCCUUCAUCUCCACCAACACCAAUGUGCUACAACAGCAACACCCUGGAUUGCUCAGUUUUUUCAAAACCCCAAUGUCUCUCUUCCUCAACAGUGCAGUGGACAAGGCCUUACAGAGUCAAAAUGGACACCUGGACCUUUUCCUUCGCUUCCUUCUGGGUCUCUCACAGGAGUCCAAUCAGACUCUCUUACGGGGCCUACUGACACAGUCAGGAAGCAGCUCUCACAGCAAAGAGGAAACAAUCAAGUACAUCAAGGAGAAGAUCAGGGAGAAUCCCUCUCCAGAGAAAUCCAUCAAUCUGUUCCACUGUCUGAAUGAACUGAAUGAUCAUUCUCUAGUGCAGGAAGUCCAAACAUACCUGAACAGAGGAGGUAAACGUCAUCUCCCUGGAGCCAGACUCUCUCCUGCUCAGUGGUCAGCUCUGGCGUUUGUGUUGCUGAACUCAGAAGAGGAGCUCGAUGAGUUUGACCUGAGGAAAUAUGACCCAUCAGAGGAAUAUCUACUGAGACUGCUGCCAGUGGUCAAAGCAUCCAGAAAAGCCAUACUAUCUGACUGUGGUCUCACUGAAAAGUCUUGCAAAGCUCUCACAUCAGUUCUACAAACAGAAAACUCCUCACUGAGAGAGCUGGAGAUGAAUACUAAUGACCUGCAGGAUUCAGGAGUGGAGCAGCUCUGUGCUGGACUGAAGAGUUCACACUGUAAACUGGAGAUUCUCAGACUAUCUGAUUGUGGUCUCACUGAAGAGUCUUGCAAAUCUCUCACAUCAGUUCUACAAACAGAAAACUCCUCACUGAGAGAGCUGGAGAUGAAUACUAAUGACCUGCAGGAUUCAGGCAUGGAGCAGCUCUGUGCUGGACUGAAGAGUUCACACUGUAAACUGGAGAUUCUCAGACUGUCUGGUUGUUUGGUCACAGAGGAAGGUUGUUCUUCUCUGGCUUCAGCUCUUAGUUCAAACCCCUCCUACCUGAAGGAACUGGAUAUGACCUACAACCACCCAGGAGAGUCAGGAGUGAAGCUGCUCUCUGUUAGACUGGAGGAUCCCCACUGCAGACUGGAGACACUCAGUCUUACAGGCUGUAAUCUCACAACAGACAGCAGUAAAAGUCUCUGCUCUGUUCUGACAUCAGCCAAGUCCUUCCUGAGAGAACUGCACCUCACAACAUGUGACUUUCAGGAUUCAGGAGUGGAGCAGCUCUCUGCUGCACUGAAGAGUUCACACUGUAGACUGAAGAUUCUCAGACUGUCUGGUUGUUUGGUCACAGAGGAAGGUUGUUCUUCUCUGGCUUCAGCUCUGAGGUCAAACCCCUCCCACCUGAAAGAACUGGAUCUGACCUACAACCACCCAGGAGAGUCAGGAGUGAAGCUGCUCUCUGCUAGACUGGAGGAUCCCCACUGCAGACUGGAGACACUCAGUCUUACAGGCUGUAAUCUCACAACAGACCGCAGUAAAAGUCUCUGCUCUGUUCUGACAUCAGCCAAGUCCUUCCUGAGAGAACUGCACCUCACAACAUGUGACUUUCAGGAUUCAGGAGUGGAGCAGCUCUCUGCUGCACUGAAGAGUUCACACUGUAGACUGAAGAUUCUCAGAUUGUCUGGUUGUUUGGUCACAGAGGAAGGUUGUUCUUCUCUGGCUUCAGCUCUGAGGUCAAACCCCUCCCACCUGAAAGAACUGGAUCUGACCUACAACCACCCAGGAGAGUCAGGAGUGAAGCUGCUCUCUGCUAGACUGGAGGAUCCCCACUGCAGACUGGAGACACUCAGGCUGGGAGGGGAGGACCUGUGGCUGGAGAAGGCUCUGGCCACUGCUGGCUACGAGGUUCAUUGUUUCGACCCCAGCAUCGACGCGGCACACCUACAGGACUCAGGGGUGUGGCUGCACCAGCUCUCCAUUGACUGCAGGGAGCCAAACCCAGCCAUCUCAGCACAGAGGCAACGCAGCAGCACCAAGAAGCUGGCCGCGAUCCUCAAUGACUUUGGGCACAGACAGGUGGAUGUGCUGAAGGUAGACAUGGAGAGUGCGGAAUGGAAGAUUCUAGAGAAUCUGGUCCUGGAAGGAGUUUUGCAUUCUGUAGGCCUCCUGCUUCUUGAGGUCCACGUGCAUUGGGCGGGGUUCGAGGCGGGCGGGGACGAGCCAAACGUGGUGCGCUAUUGGUUUAGUCUGCUGAGAGAGCUUGAGCGUGCACAUUUCAGUCUCUACCACAGCUACAGUGUCUCCGCAAAGCCACGCCUCUUUCUUCAGAGGAACCUACACAACACAAGCAGCACUUAUAUACUGGCGUGGGUCAACACACGUUAUGCUCCGCAAGGAGAUCGACUUGCCUGGCACGAAUUUGAAUUAAGGGGAACAUUGUUCAGAAGGGCAUGGCAGCUGUGCUGACCAAAGUAAACUUUGAGGCCAAAA